AUGCGUGUUGGAUCGGAAUAUCAGGCGGAAAUUCCAGACUGUGCACCAGAUAAAUCAAAAUAUGAUUCUAAAGUAGAAGCUAUGUUAGUGUGGACUCCAAGUAUUACCAUUUCUGAUUCAAAAGUUGAUGAGUAUACUAUAAUAGCUAAAGAGAAACAUGGCUAUAACACAGAACAGGCAUUGGGAAUGUUAUUCUGGCAUAAACAUAAUGUUGAGAAGGCUCUGACAGAUUUAGCUAAUUUUACACCUUUUCCUGAUGAAUGGACAGUUGAAGAUAAAGUCUUAUUUGAACAAGCUUUUAGUUUCCAUGGCAAGAGUUUUCACAGAAUUAGACAAAUGUUACCUGAUAAGUCUAUAGCUAGUCUUGUUAAAUAUUAUUAUUCCUGGAAGAAAACCAGAUCACGAACCAGUGUGAUGGAUAAACAUGCUAGAAAACAUGGUCAACAACGAGGAGAGGAUGAUAGGUUAGUUAAUUUCUCUAUAGGUGGAUCAGAUGAUGGUAGUGAUAAUUCUGAUAGUGAACAUGAUACAAAAGAAAAUGGGGUGACUAAUUUAAGAAGACAUGAAUCUCAAUCUCACAAUCGGCACAAUCCCAUCAAACAUAAACGACGCCCACCUAAAGGAAUGUAUUUGAAUCAAGAAGACAUUAUGGCUAUGGUAUCUGGACCACCUGGUCAACCAGAAAGUUUAUUGAAUUCUCUGGAUGCUGAACUUGUCUCGUUAAAACGACAGGUGCAAAACAACAAACAGAUGAUUGGUCUACAGAAACAUAAAACUGCUAAAGGAAUCGAUGACUUAAGACCCUCUGAGGGUAAUACUAGAAUCAAUGCUCGUUGGACAACAGAAGAACUAUUAUUAGCAGUUCAAGGUGUCAGGAAAUAUGGAAAAGAUUUUAAAGCUAUAGCUGAAGUUAUUGGUAAUAAAACUGAAGCUCAUCUAAGAAGUUUUUUUGUAAAUUUUCGAAGAAGAUAUAAUCUGGAUGAAGUAUUAGCAGAAUAUGAGGCUGAACAUGGUACUGAUGAUAUUAAAGAAGAAAUAGAAGAUGAGAAAGAAGUCAAGGUAAAUAGUAGGUGCAGAAGAAAUAGAAAUUUUGAAUGUGAGAUAUUUCGCUUCCAUACUGUUUGA